CCCUAGCUGUUUAUUUACCGUGCUGAGAUGUGCUUCUCUUCUUCGGCUGCUUGUUUCUUUCUGGGAAUUUGGGGGUUUUAGAUAUAGAAGAGGGAGAAGAAAAUGUACCCAAGAAUGAUUCAGCCCCACCACGAAGGUGGCAUAGUUGCUCAGGAAGACAUCCCAUUGCAGGGUGCUGCUGGUAGGCCCGACCCAUGCCUUGUUUUGACCUCCGAUCCUAAACCUCGCCUCCGUUGGACUGCCGACCUUCACGAACGUUUCGUUGAUGCUGUCACUCAGCUUGGUGGCGCCUCUAAAGCUACACCAAAGGCCAUCAUGCGGACAAUGAAUGUGAAGGGACUGACUCUUUUCCAUCUAAAGAGUCAUCUCCAGAAGUACAGGCUAGGUAAGCAAUCAGGAAAGGAUAUGGGCGAUGCAUCCAGGGAUGGGAUGCCUGCUUCAUACCUUUUAGAAAGCCCUGGUACUGGUAAUUCUUCCCCGAACUUGCCAACUUCUGAUAAUGAUGGUUAUGAAGUCAAGGAGGCGUUGAGAGCACAGAUGGAAGUGCAAAGUAAAUUACAUCUGCAAGUCGAGGCUGAGAAGCACUUGCAGAUUCGACAGGAAGCAGAGCGUAGAUAUAUUGCCAUGCUUGAGAGAGCUUGUAAGAUGCUUGCUGAUCAAUUUAUUGGAGGUGCAGUUAUUGACACCGAAGACCAAAGGUGUCAUGGAUCGGUAAAUAAGACAGUGAGAAGUUCCUCCCUUGACCCACUUGGCUUCUACUCAUUGCAUUCCAAUCAGGUGACUGGAGUGGAAGAAGAAGUUCCACCUGGACUCCACCCCCAAAGGGCUGACUGUUCCACUGAAAGCUGCCUAACAUCACACGAGAGGCCCGGAGGAUUGCCUCUGGAAGGAUCUCCUAGUGGAGGGAAGAAAAGGAUGCUGAACUUAGACUCAACCACUGCGUCUUUGAUUUGGGGGGACGCUAAGAUGAAAUCCCAGGACAUGAAUGUAGGGCAAGUUAACCCCCAUGCCAUCACUGGGUAUGGCAUGUAGCAUGGAAAAUUAAGCUCAAGUGUUCAUCUUGUUAUGAUUGAGUGAGAUUCUUCUUUUCACUCCUCGCGUUACAGUCAUAAGAGGAACAUAAUUGUAAAAGUUGCAUCUGUUGUCCAUAAAGUUGGCAGGAGCAGAGGUGAAAAAAAACUUGUCAAAACUGUAAAUUCGAAACACCAGUGCCUUUGAGAUUUAAACCUAUUUGCCUCCGAUUAUACUAAAUCAUGUGUUGUGUAAAUUUGACAGUUGUAGAUUUUGAGGCAAUUCUUGAAUUUUAGUGCUGAAAAACCAUCAUGGUGCUUCUGAUCGA